AAAUAUUUUCUCUUAAAUCCUAGGAGGGAUACGUUAGAGGUUUUCUACGAUGAAAUGCAUGGUUCCUCCCUCUUUUAGAUAGAAGAAAACUUGGAAGACAGUCUCGGAAACUUGGUCUCGAGUUGUUGGGGUUUGGCUAGAGGCACAGUGGCAAUUUUGGGAUAUCAGGAAGUCUGAAGGCACCAUCAGGCUGUUGAUGCACUUGCCCCUCAGGUAAAAUAAUGGCAGCACUACCGAAUCUAUCAGAAAAUCCAGAUGACUGGACAAAAGAGGAUGUAAAUAUAUGGCUAGAAAAACAUAACAUUGACAAAAAAUACAGAGAAAUCUUGGUUGCACAAGAUGUGAAAGGAGUUGUCUUGAAGUGGUUAACUAAAAUGGCUCUUGUUGAUAUGGGUAUACCACAUGGACCAGCUAUCCAAAUAGAAAAUUUGUUCAAAGAAUUUCAAAAAACAUCCUCUGAAAAUUCUAUCCAGACACAUGAGAGGAAAACAAACAGUAAAAAUAUUCCUGAAGUACAAACUUUGAGUCAAAGUGAAAAUGAAGAAAAGUCAAAGAAAAAGCAAAAGGAUAAAGAGAAAUCACAUACAGUUGGCACUGCUACAACACACACAGUAGCCAAAGGUUCUAAGUCACUCAAAAAUGAGUUCAUAGAAGAUGAUAUACAGGAAAAACAGGUCUCUACAGAAGUGACAUGCAUAGCAUACCCUUUUGAUGAAUUCAAUGACCCAUAUCGGUACAAAGAGAAUUUUAUUCUACAGCCUGAAACCGGACCACUCAAUCUUAUUGAUCCAAUACAUGAAUUCAAAGCCUUCAAAAAUAUAGAAAAGGGCACAGAAGAGGAUAUUAAAAUGAAAUUUAGCAACGAGGUUUUUCGAUUUGCUUCAGCUUGUAUGAAUUCACGUACCAAUGGCACAAUUCACUUUGGAGUCGAAGACAAGCCCCAUGGAAAAAUUAUUGGUGUCAGAUUCACUGCUAUCACCAAGGAAGCCCUCAUAGACCACUUCAACCAGAUAAUCGACCAGUAUUUUGAAGAGGGCCAGGUCCAAAAAGCAAAGAACUGUGUACGAACACCAAGAUUUGUAGAAGUCUUACCGUCAGACAGUACUCCAUCUAACAAAUAUGUUAUUGAAGUGGAUAUCAUUCCAAAAUACUCUGAAUGUAAACAUGAUUAUUUCCAGAUUAAAAUGCAAAAUUUCAACAAUAAUACCUGGAAUAGAAGUCCAAGAUUUUCAGUCUUUGUGAGAGAUGGUGCCAGCUGUAAGGACCUCAUAAAAAAUAAUGCAGACUUCAGAGCAUAUAAAUUAGAUUUAAAAUCAUUAGCGGAAUCUAGAAAAGAGGCAGAAGAAAACUCCAGACUAAAAACAAGCAAAAAAGAGAGUGAGGGACCAAAGCUUGUUAGAAUGUUGACAGGAAAUCAGGACUCGUUAGAUAAUUCAUACUACAGUUUAUACAUCCUUGUAACAAAUAAAUGCCAUCAAAAUCAAGUAAAUCAUUUGGAUUUCCUAAAGGAAAUUAAAUGGUUUGCUGCUUUGGAGUUUGAUCCUGAAUCUGCAAGCAAGGGAGUAGUCAAAGCCUAUAAAGAAAGUCGAGUAGCAAACCUUCACUUUCCAAGUCAAUAUGUGGAGGAGAAAACUACAACAGAUGAGAAGAUUACUGAACUGAAUCUUCACCAACAACCCAGCUGGAUUUUCUGCAAUGGUAGAUUAGACCUUGACAGUGAUAAAUAUAAGCCCUUAGACCCAAGUUCCUGGCAAAGAGAAAAGGCUUCUGAAGUCAGGAAAUUGAUUUCAUUUCUUACACAUGAAGACGUAUUGCCAAGGGGGAAGUUUUUAGUAGUAUUUCUGCUGCUUUCUUCUGUGGAUGACCCAAGAGACCCCCUUAUUGAGACCUUCUGUGCUUUUUACCAAGAUCUCAAAGGACUUGAAAAUAUAUUGUGUAUUUGUCUUAACUCACACCUAUGUCAGAGAUGGAAGGAUCUACUUGAAGCAAGAUUAAAAAUACCACAAGAUGAAUUAGCAAACCAGUGCAUUUCUGCUUUAAGCCUUGAAGAGAUAAAUGGUACUAUUCUUAAAUUGAAAUCUGUGACUCAACCUGAAAAAAAAUUUUUGCCAUCUGUUGGCUCAACUACUGUACUUCUUAAAAAGGAAGAAGAUAUCAUGACUGCUCUGGAAAUUCUCUGUGAAAAUGAAUGUGAAGGUACUCUCUUAGAAAAGGACAAAAAUAAAUUCCACACAUUCAAGACAUUAAAAGAGGAAGACUUUUAUCGAGGUGGUAAAGUAUCUUGGUGGAACUUUUAUUUUUCUUUGAAACACUAUUCUUCAACUUUUGUCAAAAGGGAUAAAUAUGAAAAACUUAAAGAUAUGAUUCAAAACUCAGAUUCUCCUAAAUCAACAUGUGUCAAAAUUAUUCAGCUGUAUCAUCAUCCAGGCUGUGGUGGGACCACCUUGGCUAUGCAUAUUCUCUGGGAUCUAAGGAAUCAAUUCAGAUGUGCUGUUCUAAAAAACAAGACAGUGGAUUUUUCUGAAAUUGGAAAACAAAUUACUGAUUUAAUUACAUAUGGGACGAGUCAUCAGGAAUACUUACCUGUAUUGCUCCUUGUUGAUGAUUUUGAAGAACAAGAAAAUGUCUAUCUCCUACAGUCCUCUAUUCAAAAAGCUAUUUCUAAUAAGUAUAUUAGAUAUGAAAAACCUUUAGUAAUCAUCCUAAAUUGCAUGAGAUCACAGAAUCCUCAAAACUGUGCAAAGAACUUCUCAAAUAGUAUUGCCCUAAUACAACAACUAUCUCCCAAUGAACAGAGGGCUUUUGAGCGUAAAUUGAAAGAAAUUGAAAAGCAACAUAAAAACUUUAAAGACUUUUAUUCUUUCAUGAUCAUGAAAACCAAUUUUGAUAAAAGGUACAUAGAAAAUGUGGUAAAUAAUAUCCUGAAAAAGCAGGACAUCAGCACCAAAGAAGCAACGCUCUUUUCUUUUUUGGCUCUUCUCAAUUCAUAUGUGCCAGAGACAACUAUUUCACUAUCACAGUGUGAACAGUUUUUAGGAAUCACAAACAGGAAGGUUUUCUGGGAACCAGAGAAACUUGAAGACAAGAUGGGCACCUACUCUACAAUUCUGAUAAAAACAGAUGUGGUAGAAUGUGGGAACUACUGUGGAGUGCGUAUUAUUCAUCCUUUAAUUGCUAUUCGCUCCUUGGAAGAAUUGAAGCUAAGCUAUGACUUGAAUAAAAGCCGAAUUAUGUUGAAUAUGCUAAGGGAAAAUUUGUUCUAUGAUAGAGGUAUAGGAAGAACAAAAUUCAUCCAAGAUAUGCACACACUGUUGCUCACAAGACAACGCAAUGAACAUGAAGGUGAAACAGAAACUUGGUUUUCCCCAUUCAUUGAAGCAUUACACAAAGAUGAAGGAAAUGAGGCAGUUAAAGAAGUUUUGAUUGAAGGUAUUGACCGGUUCAAACAAAAUGCUUUCAUUUGCCAGGCUUUAGCAAGACACUUUUACAUUAAAGAAAAAGAUUUUGAAAGUGCUCUAAAAUGGGCAAAAAAGGCAAAGAACAUAGAACCUUACAAUUCUUAUAUCUCAGACACACUAGGUCAAGUCUACAAAAGUAAAAUAAGAUGGUGGAUAGAUGAUAAUGGACGAAACAGAACUAUUUCAGUUGCUGAUCUAACUAUGCUUUUAGAAUUAGCAGUAGAUGCCUCAAAUGCAUUUAAGGAAUCUCAAAGGCAAAGUGAAUAUAAAGAAUGUGAAGCGAAGGAAAAGUUUCAUAAGAAAUCCAAAAGGCGGUAUGAUACUUACAAUAUAGCUGGUUAUCAAGGGGAGAUAGAAGUUGGACUCUACACAAUUCAGAUUCUCCAGCUUAUUCCUUUUUUUGACAAUAAAAAUGAACUAUUUAAAAAAGAUAUGAUCAAUUUUAUAUCAGGUAGUAGUGCUAUUCCUGGAGAUGCCAACAAUGAAUUUAAGUUAGCCCUCAACAAUUUUAUUCCUUAUCUAACUAAUUUGCGGCAUUCUUUGAAAAAAUGUUUUGGGUUUUUUGAUGAUUAUUUUGUUCUUUUAAAACCCAGAAACAACAUUAAGCAAAAUGAACAAGAUAAAACUCGGGGAAAGGUGGCUGGAUAUUUUAAGAAAUAUGGAGAUAUAUUUGAUCUCUUUCAUGAAACAAAAAACAAAGAUUUUGGAUCAAAUCUCAGUUUGCCACUUCAGCUAGAGUUGUUUCGGAGUAAACUAGAAGGUUUAAAAGCAGACAAAUUUUCUGGGCUUUUGGGAUAUCUUGUCAAAAAUCAAAACUAUACUAUAGAAACCAUGGAAUAUAUAGUGAAACAAUAUUCUUUUUUUUUGGAAAAAUGUGCUGUCAGGAUUCAACCAAAGGAAAAACAAAAUUUCAUCUUGGCCAACAUUAUUCUCUGCUGUGUUAAAGCUUCUUCCAAAUUAUUCAGCCCAGUUAAAAAGUUGAAAGAGCAGCUUCGAGAAAUUCUACAACAAGUGGGAACAAAUUAUCGAUGUCCAGAACCUUACUUCUUAGCUUCCCUCUUAUUCUGGCCAGAAACCCAAAAUUUAGAUCAAGAUUCUAAACAAAUGGAAAAGUAUGCUCACUCACUGGAAACUUCUUUCAGGGGGACAUAUAGACAUAUGUAUCGUACAAAACAACCAAUUGCAUAUUUCUUUCUUGGGAAAGGUAGAAAUAUAAACAGACUUGUUCACAAAGGAAAAAUUGAUCAAUGUUUUGGGAAGACUGAUAUUAAUUCCUUGUGGCAGAAUGGAGAUGUAUGGAAAGAGAGAAAAGUCCAAGACCUUUUGCUUCCUUUAAAGGGACGAGCUGAAAAUAAUUGUGUAUACAUAGAAUAUGGAAUCAACGAAAAAAUAACAAUACCCAUCACACCAGCUUUCUUUGGUCAGCUUAGAAGUGGCAGAAGCAUAGAAAAGGUGUCUUUUUACCUGGGAUUUUCCAUUGGAGGACCACUAGCUUAUGACAUCAAGAUUAUUUGAGAGCUUGAUCUCUCUACAGGAAUUUUAUCUCAAUACCAACUAACUUUUUAUUUAGCUUAAGACAUAUCUUUUAAAUUGGCAACUUUAUGACUAUAACUCAUGAUUUUUUUAUCCUUGAAAUACUUAUUUAUGUUAUCUCUUAAGCAUAUUAUGAGUUCCGAACAGAUUUGGUGAAGAAGGAAAGAUAAAUAGAGAGAAUAUCAGAUAGUUUUCUUGGUUUAUAUUAUACAAUCAAAACAAAUGUAAUAACUUAGCUCUAAAGAAAACAAUCACUUCACCUAAAUAAAUAUCUAAUCAGGCAUAUAUUGGUAAAUUUGUCUACUUUAUUCUCAAAUGAAUUUUUUUUUUUUUAGAAUAGGAAAAAAUUUAUGGUCCCAAGACAUUACAGUAGUUAGGAAAAAAUUCACUAAUGACUGCCUAAAAUGACUUCUCAAACUUGAGGAACAACAUUAAUUUUCAUCAAGCAGGCUAGGAAUGUACUGUGUAAUACCCAAGAGUCUUUCAAAGCAAAGGACCAAUCAAAUUCUCUAAAGAUUUUACCUGUAGAGAACAACAGAUCUUGACAAAGUAUUCUGGAUUGAACAGCCUUUGUGUAUUUGGGAGCAGUAGUAAAAUUAUCUAUGGCUAGUAAACUUUUAAACCCCCAAACAUCCAAAGCUGAUGAAUGAAAAAGUUGAUGAAUAGAAAAGACUGAUGAAUGAAAAAGACUGAUGAAGGAAAAAGACUCUUUUGAAAUAACUCAUCCACAGGAUUCGAACAAAUUAGGAGGAUAGUGAACAGACACAACCAGUGAGAUAUAAUCAAACUGUACUUUUGCCUAAUAAAUUUUGCAUAUGAGCAAUUGUCAGUCAGUGGUUACCAAAAUGAUAUAAAAUGGAUAAAGAACCUAAUAAAAGAUAAACCAA